AUGUUGUGUGCUGAUCACGGUCCAUGCGUCUCUGGCGCCCACAACACCAUUGUAACAGCAAGAGCAGGGAAAGACCUUGUCUCAAGUCUUGUCUCAGGUUUAUUAACCAUUGGUCCUCGAUUUGGUGGUGCCAUUGAUGACGCUGCACGAUACUUCAAGGACGCUUGUGACAGGAGCAGAGACAACAGAGACAAGAGAGUGGAGCUGCUUCAGAAAUUUGCUCGGUCCAACUUCCCAUCAGUGAAGUACAUGGAGUAUGCAGUAACAGUGGAAAGCUACGCGCUCUCAAAGGCGAACAACCUCGUACUCAACGUUGAUGGAGCCAUCGGGUCUCUCUUCUUGGACCUUCUAGCUGGAAGUGGGAUGUUCACUAAGCAAGAGAUAUACGAGAUUGUUCAGAUUGGUUAUCUCAAUGGCCUCUUUGUUCUUGCUCGCUCCAUCGGUUUGAUUGGACACACCUUUGAUCAGAAGAGGUUGAAGCAGCCAUUGUACCGUCACCCAUGGGAAGAUGUGUUGUACACAAAGUAA